AUGGUUUCCUUCUUCGGGCUUCGUUUCGGGGGCGACAAGAAGAAGCUACAGGACAAGCAAAAAGAAGCCGAAAAGUCAGCAAAGAAAUGGAAGAAAGGACAAAAGGAGAGCUUCGGCUCCGACCAGUCCUUUGGCAAUGACAUCUGUGCCCCCCAACGUCCGCCAUCGCGACCCGGCACCGGCCAUUCGAUACGAAGCACAAUGCUCUUUCGCGCGCCCUUUGCCAAUGCCCAAGCAACAUCGUCCAUGGUCGACCUCGCCCCUCCAUCCGUGAGACGACCAAGUGCCGCCAGUUUGCGCCAGGCUUCGUCCAGCUCCAAUCUGAAGGGGAAAAGGCCAGUGAUAUCGGGCCCGAUUGGUCCUCCUGUAUCGCUGCCUUUGGACGGCCACUUUUCCGUCCCCGGUACGCCCACGCGCCCAGGCACGGCCAACUCCAUGAAGAAGGAUUGGGUGAAUCCUCUGGACGUGCAUUUUGGGAAGGGCGAUAGGGACGCACCGCAAAGACCACAUACAUCGGCUGGCCCUACAGCAAAGCGGCCACCCCGCCAUUCCGACUUUGACAUUGGAUCCCAGGGUGAUGAGAAAAGCCGAGUUAUGGCUAGUGUUGGGCCCAAUGGAUACCCGUCGCCCCCGCCGUCCAUCAAGAGCGAGGAUCCAGACCCAUUGAUCCGCGUGAGCACCGAGCCAAAGAGCACCAAACCAACAGCUCUGAGCGCACUUCGCCGCGUCAACACGGCUGAGCCGAACUUACAGCUGGCGACGAAUGAGGGAGGGUUGGAGAGCCCUGUCGUUCGCAACGCUCUAGCCAAGCGCGAUACCAUGUCCUUUCACUCACCCCGUCGGCGCAGUAUCUCCAAACAAACCAAUGAUAGUGCCUCUGCGCGGCGUGUCAUCAAGAACCGCACGGAUGAGGAGAAGGCUGAGAUCAAGAAGCGGAGACAGACGGAGGGCUUUGAAGGCAACUUUUCUGCCUUCAACUUCGGUGCUCCCGCUGUGGACACAUCUAUUCCUUUGCCUACGGAACGACCCAUCUCUCCAACGAACACCAGCGACCGAACUGAGAGCCCGAUAGACAGGCAGAGACUCAGCUCGCCGUUCAGCGACAGGCAGGCGGACCGUCCCGUGGACCGCAAAAACGCGAGGGAACGUGGGAUGAGCGAAGCGAUGACCAUUGAAGCCGCAGUGGAUCAAGACGACGGGCUGUCCAUGACCGAAUCGAGUGACAGCCUCUUCCCCCAGCCACCGGCACAUGAAGCUAAACGAUCGGACAACACCCUGUCAUUGACGCCUUCUAUCGAGUCUCUCACCAAGCCUGCGCGUCCACGAGGCGAUUCUGACACACGUGGGCCCAACACACCGACAGCCUUGCGCGCGCCGCCUCCAAUCUCUGCUCGCCCCAGCAUUUGCUCAGUACACUCAUCCGACUCGGCACGCCUGGUCAAGGAGGCGCCACCUCCAAAGCUGAACCCAGACCGAAGAUCGCAAAGCCCGCUUCGAUCAAAGGCAGCCAUGGAAGGGGAUUUCCCGUUUCAUCAGGGACUGCCUCGAGGACGAAAACCGGGGUCCAUCGGCUCCAUUGCGAGCCCGACGUCCGAGCUCUUUGACCACGCGCCACCUCCAACACUGCAUGCGAAUGGUCGCUCCCAAAGUCCUCUGCGUGCCAGACAACCCGCUGAGGGCGACUUCCCUGUGAACAAAGGGUUGCCACGCGGCAGACGCCCGGGGCCUGGAUCACCGGCGAUCGCGCCAGUACCUGCUUCGACUACGGCAGCACCACCUCGACCACCGCGUGAGGACGAGGGACUCACAGUGACGCCUGCCUGGGCUGAACGUGCAGAGAAACACCUCUCCGCUUUACCUGCACCAUUGACACCCGCAGUGUCGAGGGCCUCACAUCUUGAUAGCGAUAUCAGUCCCUGGGCCUCCAAAGAAGGAGGAGCACCAUUCUUGGCGGCGCCGCGGUUGCCCAGUCCGACAUUCAGCUCCCUUGAAGAGUCAUUGAGCGAGAACUUGGCCAAGACGUUUGAUGAUUACCCAUCAGAGGAUCAUGUAGCCAAGCCACUCAUCUCGCCAACACUGAGCGAGUUCGGUCCCUUUACGGGUCGAGGCCACAAAGGCUCCUCCAAGGCCAGCCCCUAUCACGCUGCCUCCCUCCAAAGGGAACACACCCAACGGGAGCGUGAAGUCUCCUAUCGCGGCGGAAUUCUCUGA